AUGGUUGUAACUAUUCCAGAGAAACCACUUGAACUUCAUCUUCGACGCAAGAUUCUUUUGGCUUAUGAUAACUCGGAGUAUAGUAAGUUUGUGUAUCAAUAUUGUCUGGACAACCUUUUCAUUCCAAAUCGUGACCAUGUAUCAUUGGUAACCGUACUGGAUGAAGAGCAAUCCAUAUUCUUAAUGGCACACAAAUCUAGAGCUCAAAGUGCUGAAAAUAGAAAGAGAAAUCGACGUCUAUCAUUCACAGAAAAUCAGGAAGCUUCGGAUAUUUUGAGGCCAUUGGCUGAAGAGUUAUCAAGUAAAGGCAUUACUUCUAAUGUCUAUACUUUAAAAGGAGAUCCGAAAUAUCAACUUUUAAAACUCGCCGAUAAUUCACAUGCAGAUUUGUUUGUGGUUGGUACGCGUGGUCUCGGAUUAUUGAAACGCAAUCUGCUCGGAAGUGUAUCGGAACAUGUCGUUCGUCAUGCUUCCAUUCCGGUAUUUGUAGUGAAAGACAAAACAAGAGAUAACAGUAGUCAACCCUCAUCACCCACCUCCAAUUCGUUCUCGUCUAAUGCUAGGAGGAGUCUUCAAGCUCCAAUUUCAAUAUUCAGAACUUUAACCAAAUAG